AUGCGGCAACUAGCGAAAGAAGAGGAGCAGUACUUUGAAGAAGCCGUUUUGUUCGCUGCGCUGGCGAGUGCGCCACCUCAUUGUCCCCGUAUUCGGACACGUUUCAACUUCAAUGCUCUGCCCGAUGCGAUUCCAGAUAAUAUUGUCACAAAAGAGCGCACUAAAGCUACUGGUUUGGAGGCUUUAUGUGUGUCGUUAUACAAACUGGCUGUUCCAGUGCGGUGGGAAGACACUGAAAUCUUUUUCGGCCGCUCUAGUAGUGGGCUGUCGAACAUUUUCAUGCAUUUACUCGACUUAUUAGAUGAUACGUUCUCCAGUCUUAUACUAUUCAACCGUAACAUUGCUGCGGCUCGGCUCAAGGAAUACUCUCAAGCAGUAUUUGAUGCAGGAAGUCCCUACACAAACGUUUGGUGCUUUGUGGAUGGUACUGUCCGAGGAGUGUGCCGACCUGUACAACGACGUGUACAUCACAAGAAAAGAAAGCUUCUCGGUCAGCAGUCGAUCUACAACGGGCAUAAGAGAAAGCAUGCCUUAAAGUUUCAGACUCUGGUAACCCCGGACGGCUUGAUAUCGCAUCUAUUUGGUCCGUAUGCCGGGAGAAACCACGACAUUAAAAUGUAUCGCGAGUCAAAGAUAGCAGAUACGAUUCGUUUGGACUCUCGGUUCCGCGGUUUUCGAGUGUUUGGGGACUGUGCAUACGGCAACGACGACGUCAUUGUGAGUCCUUUCGAAGGCGCUAUUGGAAAUCUAACUGCUGAGCAAACACACAUUAACUCAUGUAUGAGCCGGAUCCGAGUCUCCGUGGAGUGGUCGUACGCUCAAAUAGUGAGCUACUGA